CUCUCCCUCUCUCUCCCCCUCUCUCUCCCUCUCUCUCUCCCUCUCUCUCCCUCUCUCUCUCCCUCUCUCCACCUGUUAGGAGACGGACCCUCUGUGCUCACAUCCACCUGUUUGUGGAGGAAUCUGCUAGACUGAAAAAGUUGCAUUUCUUUUUAGAUAAAGCAGUUAUGAUGGCGCUGCGGGGGGGAAAGAAGCUGAGCAUCUCCAUCCAGGAGCACAUGGCCAUCGACGUGUGCCCCGGCCCCAUCCGCCCCAUCCGCCAGAUCUCCGCCUACUUCCCCCGCCUGUCCCCCACCUCCCCCGGCCCCACCUCCUCGCCGCUGGCCCUCAGCCCCGGGGUGGGGGGGGCUCACCUGCUGUCCCCCUUGCUGGUCCCCGGCCGGCCCAGCAUGGGGGGGUCCCUGUCCCUGAACAGCAGCAUGGACACGUCAGUGGAAAUCACCAGCGACGACAGCGACGACUGCAAGUGUGUAAUCGUGUGUCUCUCCGGCCCCCCAGCGGCUCUGGGAACGCUGGAGUUUGAUCUGCGGUACGAGCGGAGCUCCAGUGAGCUGCACUGCACUGUCCUCCGGGCGAAGGGCCUGAAGUCGAUGGACUUCAACGGCUUGUCCGACCCUUACGUGAAGCUUCACCUGCUGCCUGGAGCCUGUAAGGCCAAUAAGCUGAAGACGAAGACGAUCCGUAACUCUCUGAAUCCGGUCUGGAAUGAAACACUCACUUACGUCGGGAUCACAGAAGAGGACAUGCACAGGAAGACACUCAGGUUGACCGUGUGUGACGAGGACAAGUUGACUCACAAUGAGCUGAUUGGAGAAUCCAGAGUUCCUCUGAAACGAGUGAAACUCGAUCAGACGAAACAUUUCCACACCUGCCUGGAGCACCCGCCCCCGAUACCCUCUCCGACCGCCAUGGGCGAAGCCCUUCGUGGAAUAUCGUGUUACUUAAGAGAGUGGGAGAACGAGCAGCUGCACAGCCUGGAGGAGAGAGGUCGUCUUCUUCUCUCGCUACAAUUCCAGCCUCCUGUGGGUUUAGAGGAAACCAACGUAGGAGGAGGAGGAGGUGACCGGCGUCGCAGCGGGGGCCUCUGUGUGGGCGUGAGGCGCUGCGCUCAUCUGGCAGCAAUGGACGUCAACGGGUUCUCCGACCCCUACGUCAAAAUAUACCUGAAGCCUGAUUUACAAAAGAAAUCAAAACACAAAACGGCGGUGAUGAAGAAGACCCUCAACCCUGAAUUCAACGAGGAGUUCUUCUACGAGAUCUCCCUGCCGGAGCUGGCCCACAGGAUGCUGGAGGUGACUGUGUGGGACUACGACCUGGGACGCUCCAACGACUUCAUAGGCGGCGUCUGCCUGAGCUGUCGCUCGCAGGGCGACGGCCUCCGUCACUGGAUGGACUGCCUGAAGAACCAGGGCAGCCGGGUGGAGCGCUGGCACAUCCUGACCAAUGAGCUGCCCCGGACCCUCGGCCACGACUGACCCGCCGGCCUCCAGUGGUCAUGGGGAGCCUUUUAUUCCGGGGCGGACCGGAGUGGUGGAUGAGAGGGUUUUGUGGCAAGAGACGCCAUGACGGGCAGGGAGGGGGCGUGUCUUCAUCAUCUGCGCCCGUCUUUGGCACUCGAUUAGGGUGGAGCUCACCAAGAUCAAAGAGAAACCACAGACUUGUUCUCAAAAUGUAAUUGCAUGUUCUUUGUUCGUAAAACAAAGGAAACAGUUCUAUUUACGUCUCUGUUACAGUCAGAAUAGCAGCUAAAGUUUCUCUCUAUCAGUGAUGUUUCCAUUCGAUUGUCAGGAGAUUUUUUUUUAACCUGAACCUUUUGCAAAUGUGUAUUCUAGGUGAGUUUUGACUUCCAGCAUCAGAAGCCUCACCGACCAAAUAUAAUGCAUGAUUAUCCACGUAGUCACGACAAAAGACACACAAAGACCAGUUGGGGGAUCAGUAUUGAUUUAAAGUUUAUAUAUUGUGAUUAUAGUGUUGAUUUGCCCGUCUCUCAAACUUCUGUAUUUAUUUAUCACCCAAACGGUAGGAAAAGGUCAUGUUGUGCGUGGAGGUGGUAGAAGUCCACGUACAACAUGACUACGCAUCGGGCUUAACGUGCGUGAUGAUGGUGUCGUCUCCCUCUGAAGCUACAAGGGGAACCAGAAGGUUUUAACACCUUAGAGCCGUUAGCUAGUCCCACUUGCUGGGUUCCAUAUUCCCACCAUCAGCCAGCUGCGUGGAAGCCAGCAGUCCCUCUGAGCUUCAGUCAGAGCAGACGCCCAGACUUCAACCGCAGCGUCAGCCUUCGCUGAGAGAACUUCAUGGUACAAAACACACCGGGGCGCCAUUUUUGGGUUGUCUCUAAUUACGUAGUUUCCGUCUCACACUCCUACGACCGUUUUUUUUAUUGGACGCAAUAUUCAAACAGGAAUACAAACAUAUUUGUUGACCUCUUAUUCUUUAUUAAGGUCCCAUAAUCGAAGGGGCGGGACUUCACCUCUCCGGACACAUUGUAGCAACGUUGCCCGUUGCUAAGUCCCGAUUGGAUCUUUUCUGUCGCGGGGAGGGGCUUAGCCAAUCGUCAGAAGGUCUUAAACUCAUCAGCUUCCAUUUCUAACUUGCUCUGGCUAAACAUUUCUAUUGCACCCCUCGGUGAAAAAAUAAACGCAUCUUAUUGUUGCCAUGACGAUGCGGGUGAUGAUGUAUCAAGUGGUUCUUCCUGGAUGUUGCAUGAUGCAAUAUGUUGAUAUACUUCAUAUCUCUGUACUCCUGCUGCCUGUUUUCUUAUUCAAAGUGCAUCCAGGUGCGACUCUCUUUCUUCUACAGCGACUGAAUGUAGGAAUGUGUCUUUGUGUGCGACAUCGUUGUUUACACGGAUGUGUUUCCUGUUGCUAUCAGCUGUUUGUGUAUGAUGCAGCAAUAAAUAUGGAAUGCACAGAGGA